GGCUUUUAUAGCCGCUCCGCGCCGUGUGUACGCGCGCGAGGGAGGGGAGGCGUCGGCGCGCCGUCCCGAGACUCGCCGCCCGUGAGGAAUCAAUGGCAAGGCUGACCGGCGGCAGCCUUGUCAUUGAUUCCCCGCAGGAACCGAGGCAGUUGGGGGAAGACGAGCCGCCGUGUCCCUGACGCGGCGGGCCCGCGGCUGUUUCGCGCCAAAACAGUUCGCCCCCGGGCGCCGCCCAGCGCGCCGGGUUCGGCCUGGAUCCGCCGGCGCUGUUUUCGGCCCAAGCCGGCGAAAAUCGAGCUCCUAAGACGCGACUGGACCGAUUUUUCGACACCGGCACAAAAAAAAUGCCUGAAGAAGCCUUCAUGCGGGCGCGGCUGGAGAUGCCGUAAUGCAUUGCCUCGUCUCCACUCUCCGCAAACAGACAGACAGACAACACAGUAGCCAGCGUGCCUGCUGGGGUCGAUGGUCCACGUUGCGCUCUGCCUGCUGGUGCUGGAUGCGUGGAAGAUGGUCCAGGCGGUGCCACCGAACAGAUCGAAUGUGCAUGCAUGCAUCCGCUCCUCGCUCGCUAGCGUGCGUGCAUGCGUGCGUGUAUAUACGGACACCACAGCACCGACCACCGGCCAACUCUCGCUCGCACUACCCUCCACCUCCAGUCCAAUCUCGCUCGCAGUCACAGAGCCCGCGGCGACAUGUCCACCACCGCCACCGCCUACGCCACAUCUACGGCAGAUGACGACCGCCGACAAGCGCUCCAGGCGUUCGACGACACCAAGGCGGGCGUCAAGGGCCUGGUCGACGCGGGCGUCACCGCCGUCCCCGCCAUCUUUCACCACCCGCCGGACUCCCUCCCCCUGUACGCGCCUCCUCAGCUACACCACGAGCACCGCUUCACCAUCCCGGUCAUCGACCUCGCCGGCCUCGGGACGCCGUCGGGGCGAGCCUCCGUGGUCGGCGCGGUGAGGGCAGCCGCGGAGACGGUUGGCUUCUUCCAGGUGGUGAACCAUGGCGUGCCGGAGGCGGCCAUGUCGGAGAUGCUCGCGGCGGUGCGGUGCUUCCACGAGGAACCCGCGGACGCCAGGGCGCCGUACUACAGCCGGGACCACGGCCGGCGCGUCAGGUACACGAGCAACUUCGACCUGUUCCAAUCGCCGGCCGCCAACUGGCGCGACAGCGUGUACAUUGACAUGACGCCAGACCCGCCGGCGCCCGAGGAGAUCCCGCCGGCCCUCCGAAGCGUCGUGCCGGAGUACGAGCGGCUGGCGCGGCAGCUGUACCACGAGCUGCUGGAACUGCUGUCGGAGGCCCUGGGACUGCGCCGCGGGCACCUAAAGAAGGACGCCGGGUGCCUCGACGGGCUCAACCUCGCCGCCCACUACUACCCGGCGUGCCCGGAGCCGCACCUGACUAUGGGCACCACCCGGCACUCCGACCCCAGCUUCCUCACCGUGCUGCUCCAGGACGCCGUCGGCGGCCUCCAGGUGCUCGUGGAGGAUGACGGCGGCUCCGCUGAGUGGGUUGAGGUGCCGGCGGUGCCGGGGGCACUGGUGGUGAACAUCGGCGACUACCUGCAGCUCUUGUCCAACGACAGGUUCAAGAGCGUGGAGCACCGCGUGGUGGCCAACGGCGCGGGUCCUCGGGCGUCGGUGGCCUGCUUCUUCCGGACGUACGGUGCCGCCGCGUCCAUGAGGGUGCUGCAGCCGAUCGUCACCGGCGGAGACCGCGCGAGGUACAAGAGCGCGACGGUGGAGGAGCUGCUCCGGCACUACAGGGCCAAGGGCCUGGACGGCACCUCCGCGCUCGACCACUUCAGGCUCUGAAUGGAGCGCAGAUGAUGUAUCUUCUGUUUACCUCUUCUCGUGUUUAAGUGUGGAAUUGUGGACGCCCUCGUGGAUUAAUUGGGCAUUCAACAAUGGAUUUGUUAAUUUUCUCAUGCAUGGUUACUAGCCA